CCUCCCUGCCCCCCCCCCUUCCGCGCGGGAGGCUUCCUGCCGCCUGAGCAGCCGCGGGAGGAUCCGAGAGGCGGCCGCGGGACAGGACGUCUGGCCCGUGGGUAGGCCAGCAUGGCAACCAUGGUUCCCCCUGUGAAACUGAAGUGGCUGGAGCACCUCAACAGCUCCUGGAUCACGGAAGACAGCGAGUCGAUCGCCACCAGGGAAGGCGUCUCCGUCCUCUACGCGAAGCUGGUCAGUAACAAAGAGGUGGUGCCCCUCCCUCAGCAGGUCUUCUGCCUCAAAGGGCCGCAGCUGCCGGACUUUGAGCGCGAGUCCCUCUCCAGCGAUGAGCAGGACCACUACUUGGACGCGCUCCUUAGCAGCCAGCUGGCUCUGGCCAAGAUGGUCUGCUCGGACUCCCCCUUCGCCGGGGCGCUCCGGAAGCGCCUGCUGGUCCUGCAGCGCAUCUUUUACGCCCUUUCCAACAAGUACCACGACAAAGGCCGGGUGAAGCAGCAGCAGCACUCGCCGGAGAGCAGCUCGGGCUCCACGGACAUCCACUCGGUCAGCGAGAGGCCCAGGUCGAGCACGGACGCGCUGAUCGAAAUGGGGGUGCGGACCGGGCUGAGCCUGCUCUUCGCGCUGCUGAGGCAAAGCUGGAUGAUGCCGGCCGCGGGGCCCGGGAUCAGCCUUUGCAAUGACGUCAUCCACACGGCGAUUGAGGUGGUCAGUUCCUUGCCUCCUUUGUCCCUGGCCAACGAGAGCAAGAUCCCCCCCAUGGGCCUGGACUGCCUCUCUCAAGUCACAGUCUUUCUUAAAGGAGUAACCAUCCCCAACUCCGGGGCGGACACCCUCGGGCGGAGGCUGGCUUCCGAGCUGCUGCUGGGCUUGGCGGCUCAGCGUGGCUCCCUGCGGUACCUCUUGGAGUGGAUUGAGAUGGCCCUCAGCGCAUCGGCCGUGGUCCACACCAUGGAGAAGAAGAAGCUGCUGCAGAGCUCAGAAGGCCUGAUCAGCUUCGAUUGCUUCAUGAUGAUCCUGAUGCAAAUGAGGCGGUCCUUGGGGUCGUCUGCAGACCGAAGCCAGUGGAGGGAACCAACCAGGACCUCGGAAGGACUGUGCUCGCUCUAUGAGGCAGCCUUGUGUCUCUUCGAGGAGGUCUGCCGGAUGGCCUCGGACUACUCCAGGACGUGUGCCAGUCCCGACAGCAUCCAGACUGGGGAGACUCCCAUGGUUUCCGAGACCUGCGAGGUCUACGUCUGGGGCAGCAACAGCAGCCACCAACUUGUGGAAGGGACCCAGGAGAAAAUCCUUCAGCCUAAGUUGGCUCCGAGUUUCUCUGAUGCGCAGACAAUUGAAGCUGGCCAGUAUUGCACCUUCGUCAUAUCCACGGACGGGUCCGUUCGAGCUUGUGGCAAAGGCAGCUACGGCCGGCUGGGACUGGGUGACUCCAACAAUCAGUCCACUCUGAAGAAAUUGACUUUUGAGCCUCACCGGUCCAUCAAAAAGGUGUCUUCUUCAAAAGGCUCAGAUGGCCACACGCUGGCAUUCACCACCGAAGGAGAAGUCUUCAGCUGGGGGGACGGCGACUACGGGAAACUGGGCCACGGAAAUAGCUCCACCCAGAAAUACCCCAAGCUGAUCCAGGGACCUUUGCAGGGAAAGGUGGUGAUUUGUGUAUCAGCCGGCUACCGGCAUAGUGCCGCUGUCACCGAGGAUGGUGAAUUGUACACCUGGGGAGAAGGAGACUUUGGCCGGCUAGGUCACGGUGACAGCAACAGCCGUAACAUCCCAACGCUCGUCAAAGAUAUUAGCAAUGUUGGAGAAGUCUCCUGCGGCAGCUCUCACACCAUAGCCCUGUCCAAAGAUGGGCGGACGGUUUGGUCCUUUGGAGGAGGAGAUAAUGGCAAACUGGGUCACGGAGACACCAACCGAGUGUAUAAGCCGAAAGUGAUAGAAGCUCUGCAGGGGAUGUUCAUACGGAAAGUCUGUGCCGGAAGCCAGUCUUCGCUGGCCCUGACAUCAACUGGACAAGUGUCUGCCUGGGGCUGCGGGGCAUGCUUAGGGUGUGGCUCCUCCGAAGCCACGGCCCUCCGGCCCAAGCUGAUUGAAGAGCUGGCUGCCACGCGGAUCGUGGACAUUUCAAUUGGCGACAGCCAUUGCUUGGCCCUUUCGCACGAUAACGAAGUUUACGCUUGGGGAAACAACUCCAUGGGCCAGUGUGGCCAAGGGAACUCCACCGGCCCCAUCACUAAGCCAAAGAAAGUCAGCGGCUUAGAUGGAGUCGCCAUUCAGCAGAUUUCGGCUGGGACUUCCCACAGCCUGGCUUGGACAGCCCUUCCCAGAGAUAGGCAGGUUGUGGCCUGGCACAGGCCGUAUUGUGUGGAUCUUGAAGAGAGCACCUUCUCCCACCUCCGUUCUUUCCUCGAGCAGUAUUGUGACAAAAUCAACAGUGAGAUCCCUCCUCUUCCUUUUCCUUCCUCGAGGGAGCACCACACUUUCUUAAAGCUCUGCCUGAAGCUGCUCUCCAACCACCUGGCUCUGGCGUUGGCCGGCGGAGUGGCCACCAGCAUCCUGGGCAGGCAGGCCGGGCCCCUGCGGAAUUUGUUGUUUCGCCUGAUGGAUUCCUCCGUCCCAGAUGAAAUCCAGGAGGUGGUGAUUGAGACCCUGUCAGUUGGAGCGACGAUGCUGCUGCCUCCCUUGCGGGAGAGGAUGGAGCUGCUGCACUCCCUCCUUCCCCAGGGCCCCGACCGAUGGGAGAGCUUGUCCAAAGGGCAGCGAAUGCAGUUGGAUAUUAUUCUGACCAGCCUGCAGGACCACACUCACGUGGCCUCCUUGCUGGGCUACAGCUCCCCCUCUGACGCCACAGACAUCUCCUCCCUCUGCCUCGCUUACGGGAAUCUCUCUGACGCGGCCUACGGGGCCCAGAGCCACCACCCCGAUACUCACCUGGCCGAAAUCUUAAUGAAGACUCUCCUGCGCAAUUUGGGGUUCUAUACAGACCAAGCCUUUGGAGAGCUGGAGAAAAACAGUGACAAAUUCCUCCUUGGGACGUCUUCCUCCGAGAACAGCCAGCCUGCUCAUCUCCACGAACUGCUUUGCUCCCUGCAGAAACAGCUGCUGGCCUACUGUCACAUCAACAGCGUUGGCGAGAACUCCAGCAGUGUGGCCCUCCUUCACAAGCACCUGCAGCUCCUCUUGCCUCACGCCACGGAGAUCUAUUCCCGCUCAGCUACUUUGCUGAAGGAGAGCUCCUGGAACGGCAGCGUAGGGGACAAGCUGAGAGAUGUCAUCUAUGUGUCUGCAGCAGGAAGCAUGCUUUGCCAGAUCGUGAAUUCCCUGCUUUUGCUGCCUGUAUCGGUAGCCCGAUCUUUACUGAGCUACCUUCUGGAUCUCUUGCCCCCUCUGGAUUGCCUUAACAGACUCCUGCCGGCUGCGGUGCUUCUAGAAGACCAGGAGUUACAGUGGCCUCUUCAUGGUGGGCCUGAACUGGUCGACCCGGCUGGAAUCCCCUUACCUCAGCCGGCCCAGGUGUGGGUGUGGCUUGUGGACCUCGAGCGAACCGUCGCGUUGCUGAUUGGACGGUGCCUGGGUGGGAUGCUGCAAGGGUCGCCGAUGUCUCCCGAAGAGCAGGACACGGCUUACUGGCUGAAAACACCGUUGUUCAGCGACGGAGUAGAAGUGGACGUUCCCCAGUUAGAGAAGUCGGUGAGUUCCCUGCUGGAGGUGGCCCUCUCCGGAAACGAGGAGCAGAAGCCUUUCGAUUACCGCCUGCGGCCGGAGGUCUCCACCUUUGUGGACUUGGCCCUGGGCUGCGCAAAGGAGCCGUCGCGCAGCCUCUGGGUCAGCAUGCAGGACUACGCCGUGAGCAAAGAUUGGGACAGUGCAACCUUGAGCAGUGAGUCCCUGCUGGACACCGUCUCCCGAUUCGUUCUUGCUGCCCUUUUGAAGCACACGAAUCUUCUCAGUCAAGCAAGUGGCGAAAGCAGGUACCAGCCAGGAAAAACCUUAGUAGAAAUCUAUCGCUGUGUGUAUAAAGUUCGGAAUCGUUUGCUUGCUUGCAAGAACAUGGAACUUAUUCCGACCCGCUCGUCUUCCAGGGACAGAUGGCUGUCGGAUAAUCCAGAAUCGUCGGACAUCGAUGCUCAGGAAAGCCCCUUUACCCGCACCAUUGACGAGGAAGCCGAAAUGGAAGAGCAGGCCGAGAGGGAACGAGAGGAGGGGCACGCAGAGCAGGAGGAGGAAGAGGAAGAGAGAGAGCACGAAGUGAUGACCGCCGGCAAAAUAUUUCAAUGUUUCCUAUCAGCCCGUGAAGUAGCUCGCACUCGAGACCGAGAGAGAAUAAAUGGCGGGCUGGGGCCGCAAGCGGAGGAUCAGCCCCCCCAGGCCCAGCAGGAGCGGCGCGGCAGCAGGGACCUCCCGGAAGGCCAGGAUGUGUACACGGCUGCCUGCAACUCGGUGAUCCACCGCUGUGCCCUGCUGAUCUUGGGGGUCAGCCCCGUGGUGGAGGAACUGCAGAAGCGAAGGGAGGAAGGGCAGGCGCAGGCGCUCUCGGGCAGCACUUCGGAAGGGGGCGGCCUCAUGACCAGAAGUGAAAGUCUCAGCGCAGAAAGUCGUUCGGGCCACACUACGUCAAGCUAUAAACUGAUGAAAUCGAGGAGCGAAUCUGACCUCUCUCAGCCUGAAUCGGACGAAGAAAAUUACUCGCUGGUGAGCAGAACUGAUGCGAUCCCAAAGAGCGGAAGGCGAAAUGUGGAUCUGGAUUUGGCAUCGUCGCAUAGAAAGAAAGGCUCGCUCCACAGCCCGAUUGAAACGCUCAGCGACUCGUGGACUCGGCUAAAGCAGCGCGAUUGGCUCUCCAGCUCUUCUUGUUUGUUCAGGGAGUCUGAGGUUGAUUUCACAAAGUCCGUCGGCAUCUACACGUUGAUCGACAACAUGAUUAGCUUCGUGAGUGGGGAUGUAGGGAGCCCCCCAGGCUUCAAGGAGCCCGAAGAAAGCAUGUCCACCAACCCCCAGGCCUACAUCGUGGCCAUGGAGCAGCAGCAGCAGAGAGCAGAGCUGCGCCUGGAGGCCUUGCACCAGAUCCUGGUUUUGCUUUCGGGAAUGGAAGAGAAGGGCGGCCCGGCCUCCCUCGGCAGCCGCCAAGGACUGGGAUUCCAGUCUUCCUCAUUUCUCACUUCGGUGAGGCUGCAGUUCCUGGCCGGCUGCUUCGGCUUGGGAAGCGUGGGGCACGCGGGAGCCAAAGGGGAGAGCGUCCGGUUGCACCACUACCAGGAUGGCAUCAGAGCAGCCAAGAGAAGCAUCCAGACCGAGAUUCAAGUGGCGGUGCACAAGAUCUACCAGCAGCUGUCGGCAACCUUGGAAAGGGCCCUUCAAGCAAAUAAACACCACAUCGAGGCACAACAGCGGCUCCUGUUGGUGACUGUCUUUGCCCUGAGUGUGCAUUAUCAGCCGGCCGAUGUCUCCUUGGCCAUUUCCACCGGAUUGCUGAACGUCCUUUCUCAGUUAUGCGGGAUGGACACCGUCCUUGGGCAGCCCCUGCAGCUCUUGCCCAAGAGUGGCAUUUCCCAGCUCAGCACCGCUUUGAAAGUGGCCAGCACGAGGCUCCUACAGAUUCUGGCCAUCACCACCGGGACGUACGCAGAUAAAUUGAGCCCCAAAGUGGUCCAGUCCUUGCUGGACCUUCUGUGCAGCCAGCUGAAGAACCUGCUGUCACAAGCAGGGGUGAUGCUUAUGACCUCUUCCUUCGGAGAAAAAGAAGUCAGCGAUCAGGAUGAAAAGAAAACAGAGUCCAAAGGUGACCCUGAGAGGAAGGACUUCAAAGUUGCCCUCCGAAAACAGCACGCUGCAGAGUUACAUCUAGGGGAUUUCUUAGUUUUCCUCCGAAGAGUUGUUUCUUCCAAAGCCAUCCAGUCCAAAAUGGCUUCUCCAAAGUGGACAGAAGUGCUCCUGAAUAUAGCUUCUCAGAAGUGCUGCUCAGGUGUGCCCUUGGUUGGCAAACUGAGGACCAGGCUGCUGGCCCUCCAUGUCCUGGAAGCCGUGCUGCCGGCCUGUGAAUCCGGUGUGGAGGAUGACCAGAUGGCUCAGGUGAUCGAACGGCUGUUCUCCCUCCUGGCCGACUGCAUGUGGGAGAGCCCAGUCGCACAAGCCAAGCAGGUGCUUCAGAUGAAAGAGAAAGAGCAAGAAAUAAAGCUGCAGAAGCAGGGGGAGUCUGAAGAGGAGGACGAGAACCUCCCCAUCCAGGAGGUCUCCUUUGACCCCGAGAAGGCCCAGUGCUGCCUGGUGGAAAGCGGGCAGAUUCUCACUCACGGCAGCGGGGGAAAGGGCUACGGGCUGGCAUCCACGGGCGUCUCGUCUGGGUGUUACCAGUGGAAGUUUUACAUUGUGAAGGAAAACCGAGGCAACGAAGGGACGUGCGUGGGGGUUUCUCGUUGGCCCGUUCAUGAUUUCAACCACCGCACCACCUCCGACAUGUGGCUGUACAGAGCCUACAGUGGCAACCUCUACCACAACGGGGAGCAGGCCCUGACCCUGACCAGCUUCACCCAGGGGGACUUCAUCACCUGCGUCUUGGAUAUGGAAGCAAGGACCGUUUCCUUUGGCAAAAAUGGGGAGGAACCCAAACUGGCUUUUGAAGACGUGGAUGCUGGAGAGUUGUAUCCUUGUGUGAUGUUUUACAGUAGCAACCCUGGAGAAAAGGUGAAGAUCUGUGACAUGCAGAUGAGGGGCACCCCAAGGGACCUGCUGCCGGGGGAUCCCAUCUGCAGCCCGGUGGCCACGGUGCUGGCGGAGGCCACGAUCCAGCUGAUCCGCAUCCUGCACCGGACCGACCGCUGGACGCACUGCAUCAACAAAAAGAUGGUGGAGAGGCUGUGCAGAAUCAAAGGCUGCCUGAAGGAGGGCGGUCAGAGGCUGAAGAAAAGCCGCUCCCUGCAGAGCCGGGAGGAGAACGAGGUGCGCGAGGAGGAGGAGAAGACGAAGCCCUGCGGCCGCCCACACGGACUGGCUGACCUCUCGGAGCAGCAGCUGAAGACCCUCUGCGUGGAGGUCUGGCCAGUGCUGGCGGUGAUUGGCGGGGUGGACGCCGGACUUCGAGUCGGGGGACGCUGCAUCCACAAGCAAACCGGGCGGCAUGCCACCUUACUGGGCGUGGUCAAGGAAGGCAGCGCGUCCGCCAAGGUCCAGUGGGACGAGGCUGAGAUCACCAUCAGCUUCCCAACUUUUUGGUCGCCUAGUGAUACGCCGCUCUAUAACCUGGAACCUUGCGAACCGCUGCCUUUUGACGUUGCAAGAUUCCGGGGACUGACGGCCACCGUCUUGCUGGACCUCACCUACCUGACCGGCAUCCACGAAGACCCGGGCAAGCAGAGUAUUAAGCGGCACGAGAAGAGACACAAACACGACCCGGAAGAGAAAGGAGACCCAGAUCAGAAGACGGAAGGCGACGCUGCGCCCGAGGCACGGGCCGCACCCAGCACGGAGGAGCCGAAGGGCCCCGGGGCCAGGCUGGAGAGCGAAGGCUCCUCCUUCUCUUUGGACGCCAUUUCCUUGGGCAUGGAGUGCCAGCAUCUGAGCGCCGAGGGCAAGAAAAAGAACCACGAACACGCCGCCAAGAAUCACGAGGCCGCGCAGUCGGAAACCAGGGCCGUCCAACUGUCCUACCUUUACCUGGGAGCCAUGAAGUCCCUCAGCACGCUGCUCAGCUGCAGCAAGUACGCGGAGAUGCUCCUCAUCCCCAAAGUCCUGGCCGAGAACGGCCACAACUCCGACUGCGCCAGCUCCCCCGUGGUCCACGAGGAGGUGGAGAUGCGCACGGCCCUGCAGUUCUUGAUGCGCCACAUGGUGAAGCGGGCAGUCAUGCGCUCGCCCAUCAAGAGGGCGCUGGGAUUGGCACACCUGGAGCGGGCACAAGCCAUGAUCUACAAAUUGGUUGUGCAGGGGCUGCUGGAAGAGCCGGGCGGCUCCAAACCCAAGCCAGAAAUAGACCAGCAGACCGAAGAGAAUGACCAGAGCCAGCAGGCCCAGACCCCCGUGACCACCAGCCCCUCUGCCUCCAGCACCACCUCGUUCAUGAGCAGCUCUCUGGAAGACACGACCACAGCCACCACCCCCGUGACCGACACGGAGACCGUGCCCGCCUCAGAGUCCCCGGGGGUUCUGCCACUCAGCCUCCUGAGGCAGAUGUUCUCCAGCUACCCCACCACGGCCGUCCUUCCCACCAGAAGGGCCCAGACGCCCCCCAUCUCCUCCCUGCCGACUUCUCCCUCGGACGACGUGGGCAGGCGCCAGUCGCUCACCUCCCCCGACUCUCAGCCCGCCAGACCCGCCAAUCGCACAGCCUUGUCCGACCCAAGCAGCCGCCUGUCCACCUCUCCCCCUCCUCCUGCUGUGGCCGUGCCCCUGCUGGAAAUGGGCUUUUCCCUCCGGCAGAUUGCCAAAGCCAUGGAGACCACAGGUGCACGAGGAGAAGCCGAUGCCCAGAACAUCACCGUUCUGGCCAUGUGGAUGAUUGAGCAUCCCGGGAAUGAGGAAGAUGAAGAGCCUCAGUCAGAAGAAAUGGUGGAUGUCCGGCAGGGAGGAUUAGGCCCAGGAGGGGGGGGCAAGUCCAGCGACCAGAACUACCUGCAGUCUCCGGGAGACAUGCCUUCGGCUGACGCCCCUGAAUUGGAGGAAGGCUUUGGGGAAAGCCAGGAGAACACGGAUCAUGCAGAAAACGCAGCGUCCGGCAGUGGGCCUGUGGCCAGGGGCCGCUCGGCAGUGACCAGGAGGCACAAGUUUGAUCUUGCUGCUCGAACGCUGCUGGCCCGUGCCGCGGGAUUGUACCGCUCUGUUCAGGCCCACCGCAAUCAGAGCCGGAGGGAAGGGAUCUCCUUGCCGCAAGACCCCGGCGCCCUCUACGACUUUAACCUGGACGAGGAGCUGGAGCUGGAGCUGGACGAGGAGGCCAUGGAAGCCAUGUUCGGGCCGGACCUGGCCGGGGACAAUGACAUUCUGGGAAUGUGGAUCCCAGAGGUACUGGACUGGCCGACCUGGCAUGUUUGUGAGUCUGAAGACAGGGACGAAGUGGUGGUGUGCGAGUUGUGCGAAGCCAGCGUGGCCAGCUUCAACCAGCACAUGAAGAGGAGCCACCCCGGCUGUGGGCGCAGUGCCAACCGCCAGGGCUACCGCAGCAACGGCUCCUACGUGGACGGCUGGUUUGGUGGCGAGUGUGGAAGCGGGAACCCUUACUACCUGCUCUGCGGCAGCUGCCGGGAGAAAUACCUGGCGUCCCUGAAGAGCAAGAACAAGUCCUCGGCCUCGGAGAGGUACAAAGGCCAGGCCCCUGAUCUGAUAGGCAAGCAGGAGAGCGUCUACGAAGAAGACUGGGAUAUGCUGGAGGUGGACGAGGAGGAAAAGCUGACCGGCGAAGAGGAGUUUGAGCUGCUGGCUGGACCCCUGGGCUUGAAUGACCGGCGCAUCGUGCCCGAACCUGUCCAGUUCCCGGACAGUGACCCCCUGGGGGCCUCUGUGGCCAUGGUCACGGCCAUCAACAGCAUGGAGGAGACCCUGAUGCAAAUAGGCUGCCAAGGCUCGGUGGAGAAAAGCUCUUCGGGCAGGAUGACUCUGGGGGAGCAGGCGGCCGCUUUGCUGAAUCCCCACGACCGCAUCAUGGCCUUGAGGCGGGUGACGGCAGCAGCCCAGGUGCUCCUGGCCCGGACGAUGGUCAUGCGAGCGCUCUCCCUGCUCUCGGUCAGCGGCUCCAGCUGCAGCCUGGCGGCAGGGCUGGAGUCCCUGGGCUUGACGGACAUCCGCACCUUGGUCCGCCUGAUGUGCCUGGCCGCAGCCGGGAGGGCCGGCCUCUCCACGGGCUCCUGCUCCGGGCUGGGCCCUUCCGAGAGGCCGCGAGGCAUCCAGAGCCAGAUGACCAAGCCCAUCUCCUGCCUGGCCUACCUGAGCACAGCCGUCGGCUGCCUGGCCUCCAACACCCCCGGGGCUGCCAAGCUCCUGGUCCAGCUGUGCACUCAGAACUUGAUUUCAGCAGCUACCGGGGUCAACUUAACGACAGUGGACGACCCCGUGCAACGCAAGUUCUUGCCCAGCUUUCUGCGCGGAAUAGCCGAGGAGAACAAACUGAUCACCUCCCCCAACUUCGUGGUGACCCAGGCCCUGGUGGCCCUCCUGGCCGACAAGGGGGCCAAACUGAGGCCCAGCUACGAUAAAGCAGAAAUGGAGAAGAAAGGGCCCCUGGAGCUGGCCAACGCCCUGGCCGCCUGCUGCCUCUCCUCCCGGCUGUCCUCGCAGCACCGGCAGUGGGCCGCUCAGCAGCUGGUGCGCACCCUCGCCGCUCACGACCGUGACAAUCAGGGCAGCCCGCAGACCCUGGCCGACGUGGGAGGGGACCUGCGCAAGUGCUCCUCCAUCAAGCUGGAGGCUCAUCAGAACAGGGUCAUGACCUGCAUUUGGUGCAACAAGAAGGGCCUCCUGGCCACCAGCGGCAGCGACGGAACCAUCCGCGUGUGGAACGUCACCAAGAAGCAGUACUCCCUGCAGCAGACCUGCGUCUUCAGCAAACUCGAAGGAGAUGCAGAAGAAAAUUUGGGGUCUCCUGGUGACCCCGGCUUCUCUCUCGCCUGCUGGAGUGUGAGUGGCAAGUACCUGGCGGGAGCCCUGGAGAAGAUGGUGAACAUCUGGCAGGUCAACGGAGGAAAGGGGCUCCUGGACAUCCAGCCCCACUGGGUCUCUGCCCUCACCUGGCCCGGAGAAAGCCCCUCUGCAGCCUGGACCGGAGAUGCGCCGGAAUUCCUGCUGGUGGGGCGGAUGGACGGCUCUCUGGGACUGAUUGAGGUUCUGGACGUGUCCACCAUGCGCAGGAUUGAACUGGAACAUUGCUACAGGAAGGACGUGUCAGUGACCUGCCUCGCCUGGUUCAGUGAGGAGACCCCUUUUGCCGUCGGCUACGUGGACGGGAAGCUCUUGAUAGGCACGCGAGAAGCCCGGGAGAGCGGAGGGAUUGUCCUGGUGGACGCACACAAGGACACCCUGGUCAGCAUGAAGUGGGACCCCACGGGGAAGAUCCUCAUGACCUGCGCGAAGGAAGAGUCGGUCAAGCUCUGGGGCUCCUCGGGGAGCUGCUGGCGGCACUUGUGCAGCCUCCCCCACCAGUCCGUGGUGAACGCCCUGGUCUGGUGCAGCCUCCUAGGGAAAGGCCCCAAGCCGCAGCUGCUGCUGGCCACCGGGUGCCAGAAUGGCUUGGUUUGUGUUUGGACAGUUCCCCAGGACGAGCGGGUCUUCCUGCAGUCGAGCCUGGGCUGCUCCGAAGAGUGGUGGGACGAAGACCUCGGCGGGAAGGACGCCUUCCGGAAAGUAGCAGAAACCAAGUGUAUUUAUCAGCUAAAAGGACACAUCACACCUGUGCGGACUUUGACUUUCAGCUCUGACGGACUCACCUUGGUCUCUGGGGGCCUCGGGGGGCUGAUCAACCUCUGGUCUCUGCGGGAUGGGUCCGUCCUGCAGAGUGUGGUGAUCGGUUCUGGAGCUAUUCAGACCGUGGUCUGGAUCCCUGAGGUUGGAGUUGCUGCUUGUUCCAGUAGAUCCAAGGAUGUCCUGGUGGUGAACUGCACUUCGGAAUGGGUCUCCUCCAACCACGUCUUAGCCACAUGUAGGAGCGCUUUGAAACAGCAGGGCAUUUUCGGCUUAAACAUGGCCCCGUGCAUGAGGGCUUUCUUGGAACGGCUGCCCAUCAUGCUGCAGGAACAGUACACCUACGAGAAGCCCUACGUGGUUUGUGGAGACCAGCUGGUUCACAGCCCCUACAUGCAGUGCUUGGCUUCCCUGGCCGUGGGGCUGCGCCUGGACCGGCUCUUGUGCAGCCCACCCGUCCCUCCCCAUCACCAGGCUUGCCUCCCGGACCCCUCGGCCUGGAAUCCCACCGAGUGGGCCUGGCUGGAGUGCUUCUCCACCACAGUCAAGGCUGCGGAGGCUCUGGCCAAGGGAGACACCUUCCCAGAGUCCUUCACGGUCCCAGACCUGGAACCGGUGCCGGAAGAAGAGCUGGCCCUCCUCAUGGACAACGGAAAAUGGAUGAACAGCCUGGAUGAGCAGAUCAUGUCCUGGGCAACCUCACGCCCGGAGGACUGGCACCUUGGCGGGAAGUGUGAUGUGUGCCUCUGGGGAGCCGGAAGGCAUGGGCAGCUGGCAGAGGCCGGAAGGAACGUCCUGGUGCCCGUCUUGGCCGCCUCCUUCUCACAAGCACAACAGGUCAUUUGUGGCCAAAACUGCACAUUUGUCAUCCAAGCGAACGGUACAGUUUUGGCCUGCGGAGAAGGCAGCUACGGCCGGCUGGGACAAGGAAAUUCCGACGAUCUCCACGUGCUCACCGUCAUUUCAGCUUUGCAGGGUUUUGUGGUCACCCAGCUGGUGACGUCUUGCGGUUCUGAUGGACAUUCCAUGGCCUUGACGGAGAGCGGGGAAGUUUUCAGCUGGGGAGACGGAGAUUAUGGCAAACUGGGGCACGGAAACAGCGACCGGCAGCGCCGGCCAAGGCAGAUAGAAGCUUUGCAAGGAGAGGAAGUCGUGCAGAUGUCCUGUGGCUUUAAGCAUUCGGCCGUGGUGACUGCAGACGGCAAACUCUUCACUUUUGGGAACGGCGACUACGGACGGCUGGGCUUGGGCAACACCUCCAACAAGAAGCUUCCGGAGAGGGUGACGGCGCUGGAGGGCUACCAGAUUGGAGAGGUGGCCUGUGGACUCAAUCACACCAUCGUCGUAUCUACCGACGGUUCCAUGGUUUGGGCUUUUGGGGACGGAGACUACGGGAAGCUGGGCCUGGGAAACUCAACAGCCAAGUCCUCCCCGCAGAAAGUAGACAUUCUUUGUGGCAUAGGAAUCAAGAAGGUUGCCUGUGGCACCCAGUUUUCCGUGGCUUUGACGAAGGACGGGCACAUCUACACUUUUGGGCAAGACCGGCUGAUUGGCCUUCCGGAAGGACGAGCCCGAAACCACAACCGGCCCCAGCAGGUCCCGGCCCUCUCGGGGGUCUUCGUGGAGGACGUGGCUGUGGGAGCAGAGCACACCCUGGCGCUCUCCUCUGCCGGAGACGUCUACGCCUGGGGCAGCAACUCGGAAGGCCAGUUGGGGUUGGGCCACACCAACCACAUCCGGGAGCCCACCCUGGUCACCGGGCUGCAAGGGAAGAACAUCCGGCAGAUCUCCGCUGGGCGAUGUCACAGCGCUGCCUGGACCGCCCCGCCCGUCCCCCCUCGAGCGCCAGGGGUGUCGGUGCCGUUGCAGCUGGGCUUGCCGGACGCCAUUCCUCCCCAGUACGGGGCCCUGAAGGAAGUGAGCAUCCACACCGUCCGGGCCAGGCUCCGGCUCCUCUACCACUUCUCCGACCUCAUGUACUCCUCCUGGAGGUUGCUGAACCUCAGUCCCAACAAUCAGAGCAGCACAUCCCACUACAACGCCGGCACUUGGGGGAUCGUCCAAGGGCAGCUGAGGCCACUGCUGGCGCCCCGCGUCUACACGCUGCCCAUGGUGCGUUCCAUUGGGAAGACGAUGGUCCAGGGGAAGAACUACGGCCCCCAGAUCACGGUCAAGAGGAUCUCCACCAGGGGCCGGAAGUGCAAGCCCAUCCUGGUACAGAUCGCCAGGCAGGUGGUCAAGCUGAACGCCUCCGAUCUCCGGCUGCCCUCUCGGGCCUGGAAGGUGAAGCUGGUGGGCGAAGGCGCUGACGAUGCCGGGGGCGUCUUCGACGACACCAUCACAGAGAUGUGCCAGGAACUUGAAACCGGGAUUGUAGACCUGCUGAUUCCUUCCCCAAACGCAACGGCCGAAGUCGGCUACAACAGGGACCGGCUUCUCUUGAACCCCUCGGCCUGCCUGGAGGAGCACCUGAUGCAGUUCAAGUUCCUGGGCAUCCUGAUGGGCGUGGCCAUCCGCACCAAGAAGCCCCUGGACCUCCACCUGGCCCCGCUGGCCUGGAAGCAGCUCUGCUGCAUCCCGCUGGCCCUGGAGGACCUGGAGGAGGUGGACCUGCUCUACGUGCAGACGCUGAAUAGCAUUCUUCACAUUGAAGACAGCGGCAUCACCGAGGAGAACUUCCACGAGAUGAUUCCUCUAGAUUCCUUUAUUGGCCAGAGUGCCGAUGGCAAAAUGGUGCCCAUCAUCCCCGGUGGGAACAGCAUCCCCCUCACUUUCUCAAACCGGAAGGAGUACGUGGAAAGAGCCAUCGAGUACCGGCUGCACGAAAUGGAUCGCCAGGUGGCCGCCGUGCGGGAAGGGAUGUCCUGGAUCGUGCCGGUGCCUCUGCUGUCCUUGCUGACGGCCAAGCAGCUGGAGCAGAUGGUCUGCGGGAUGCCCGAGAUCUCGGUGGACGUGCUGAAGAAGGUGGUGCGCUACCGCGAGGUGGACGAGCAGCACCAGCUGGUCCAGUGGUUCUGGCACACGCUGGAAGAGUUCUCCAACGAGGAGAGGGUCCUUUUCAUGAGGUUCGUGUCCGGAAGAUCUCGCCUGCCAGCGAACACGGCGGAUAUUUCUCAGCGGUUCCAAAUCAUGAAGGUCGAUAGGCCUUACGACAGCUUGCCUACCUCACAGACCUGCUUCUUCCAACUGCGUCUCCCACCCUACUCCAGUCAGCUGGUCAUGGCCGAGCGGCUGCGCUAUGCAAUCAACAAUUGCAGGUCGAUCGAUAUGGACAAUUAUAUGCUGUCCCGAAACGUGGACAAUGCCGAGGGCUCCGACACGGACUAUUAACUGUGGACAAAAUCCCCCCCUCUCUCUCUCUCCCUCCCUCCCUCCCUCUCUAUCUCUCGCUCUCUAUCUCUCUCAAAGAAUGCCCACACCGGAUUUCAGUGGUGACAUGGUUUUACGGUAAAGAUAGAUGUUUUAGGAAUAUAAACAGUGGCCACCUUUUUAGUUACUCUAAAUGUAACAAAAUUUAGAUGUGUUUAUUUUUUGUGACUGUAAGCAGAAAA